UGCCAGUCUCCUGUGUCCCAUCUCCCUGUACCUUAAAGAAAAAAUGCUGCUGUCUGUCCCUCCAAGGGCAGGGAUCGCCUCUUUCAGCUACACCAGGAGCCACAAGAAGCAGACGUAUGUUUCCCCAGCUCAGCACAUGGCUCCUCCCAGCCCUAGCAACAGCAGCGGUGGUGGAGAAGGAGGAGGUGGUGGAGGUGGAGGUGGAGAACAGCUGAGCAAAACAAAUCUAUACAUCCGAGGUCUUCAUCCCAGCACUACGGAUCAAGAUCUAGUAAAGCUCUGCCAACCGUAUGGAAAAAUUGUCUCUACAAAGGCCAUAUUGGAUAAGACAACAAACAAGUGUAAAGGAUAUGGAUUUGUAGAUUUUGACAGCCCAGGAGCAGCUCAAAAAGCAGUGACCGCGCUGAAAUCCAGUGGCGUGCAAGCUCAGAUGGCAAAGAUGUACUUUGGUUUGAAAUUUGUUAAAAUAAAAUAUCCAAAUCAACAGGAGCAGGACCCUACAAACCUGUACAUCUCCAACCUGCCGGUCAGUAUGGAUGAGCAAGAGCUGGAAACUCUACUGAAACCUUUUGGACAGGUCAUAUCCACUCGCAUUUUACGGGACGCCAAUGGAACUAGUCGAGGGGUGGGCUUUGCAAGAAUGGAGUCCACGGAGAAAUGCGAAGCUGUGAUUAAUCACUUUCACGGCAAAUAUAUUAAAACACCCCAUGGGGUCCCAGCCCCACAGGAGCCUUUGCUUUGCAAGUUUGCAGAUGGGGGGCAGAAAAAGAGACAAACGCAGGGGAAGUAUAUUCAGAAUGGGCGUGGCUGGCCACGAGAAGGAGAGCCGGGUGGAAUGACUUUGACAUAUGAUCCUACGACUGCUCUUCCAAAUGGGUUCUACACAACCCCAUACAGUAUUGCCCCUAACCGGAUGAUAGCUCAGACAGCCCUGUCACCUUACUUGCCCUCACCUGUGUCUUCUUAUCAGGUUCACAAUCCCUCCUGGAUGCAUCAUCAAUCUUACCUCAUGCAGCCUGCAGGCACUGUCCUUACUCCCACUAUGGACCAUGCUAUUUCUAUCCAGCCUUCCAUGAUGGGACAUCUGACUCAACAGCUGGGACACCUGUCACUGGGGAGCACUGGAGCGUAUAUGCCAGCUGCAGCCGCUAUGCAGGGAGGUUACAUCCCCCAGUACUCGUCCGUGCCUUCUACUGUCUCCGUAGAGGAGAGCAGCGGGCAGCCUCAGCAAGUGGAAUCCAACACAGAACAUGGCACUUAUUCCUACCAGUGAAGCCAGCUAAUAGGGGUUCACAAGGGAAAUAAAUUACGCAGCAAGUGACAGAAUGGAUUGCGCUGGACUAAACACGAGGCUUUACCGAACCGUAGGAACAUAAAAUUAAACAGAAAAAGGGGAGGGAAGGGAUGAGGAAAAAAAAAACCAAUUUAUUUUCUCUUUCUUUUGCAAAGAAAUAUUUUUACUGCAAUAAACUUUAAACUUCCAAGGAACCAAAGCAGCUAGAAAAGUACUCAACAAUUCUUAUGAAACAAGAACAGACUUAUAAGAUCUCAGAUGAAAAACAAACCAAAAAAAGGAGAAAAAAAAAGAAAAUGGGGAAAAAAAAGAAAAAUUAAAUAAAAUGAAGAAAAAAAAACGAAAUUCUAUUUUAAUAAGAAGUUUUUUUGUCAUUUUUUUACGGUAGAAUAUUUUUUUUUUAUUUAAAUGCUUUUCGUACAAGAAGAGCGUGGUAACAGGAUAUAGGACGGCGGAUCAUAUGCGAAAAAUGAGAAACUGCAAUGGGGAAGUUGCAAUUUUGCUGCCUGAUGCCAUUUUAUCUCUACAUUUUUUUUUUCUUUCCUGGAGGACUUUUGGUGGGACUUAAGUUUUUUGGUGUUUUUUUGUUGGGGGGGAGGGGCGCAAAAAGUAAUAUGCAAUUUUUUUGAGAUGGGAAGUGUUAUUUUGAUGUGUUUUUAAGUUGUGGGGUUUUUAUUUGUUUUUUGUAUAUUUUACUUGUCACUCAUCUGGAUUGUCUGUCUUGUCAAAAGGAAGCUUAGAGUUGACAAGAUUAAAGCUGAAUAUGUGGGAAAGUCAGGACAAACCUGAACCUCGGUUUUAGAUGUCAACAUUGUAUGAAUAUGUGUGGUAAGGCACAACAUUUUUCUCCUGUUUAAAUCAGGGGAUGGGAACAUGCGUUUUUUUUUUUCAUUGAGAGCCACUGACCCACUGAAAAACUAAUUGGGGGCCACACAAAAACACAACAUAAGUGGAAUUUUAUUUUAGGAGCAAGAAAUAUAAAACUUUUAACUUAUUCUUUUUUUCUGAAACUUACAUGAAAUAGCUUUUUUAUUGCGAGUCUGCUGACAUGAAGAAGCUAAAUCCUUUUUUGGAACAGAUUUCCCUGAAUAAUUCCUCUCACUCGAACUCUUUUCUCCUCCUCCUCACUCUCACAAUAUAUAUUUAAUCUCUCUUUACA